UGCAGCUCCCAUACCUUGCGUGCUACAGUACUGUCAUAUUCUACACACCUCCAGCUCCCGUAUGUUUGCUUUUGUGUUUUUUAUGGCGUUACCCUAUAAUUCAUGUGAGGGGGCAUCGGUUUUUGUUUGUUGACACCUUUCUUGGACAACUUCAACAAGCCAAUGAACGGCAGCAACGAGCAGAACCUCUCAUGGAGCGGAAGACGCAUUACGAUUCCAUCCUGGACCGAAGCAAGCGCAUCACGUGGCAGGACGACUGCUACGUUGACCUGCAGUCUCGCUCCUGUUCGUCCUCAUCUCAAGCAGAAACGGAAGAGCUUGGCUGGAUCCAACUGCAUCAGGACCAGUUCCAGCGCUUCACUACAGCCACCUUCCUGGAGGAAAUGUUAACCCACAUGAGAAAGGUGGACCUGCUGACGUCCGCUGAGGAGGCCCGGAUCAAGGAGGCGGGUCGGCUGCAGGACCGAGUCAGCGUGUUCACAGCCGUGGUCGCCGGCAAAGACGGCCAAGUCUCCGACGCCCUCCGUGGUUUCAUCGAGAGCUCAGAUUCUCAGGUGGCUCAGCUCAUCGUGAACUAUGAUGGCAUCGUGAGGGAGCACAAAGAGGUGCUGCUGCGGAGGUACGAGCAGCUCCGAGACAGAGACUCGGUCAGCUGCCCCCAGCUGAACAUCUCAAACAGGGCCUUGCUUCUGGUGGACGGCCUCUCGGACCUCCAGCAGAAAGAACACGACCUGAUGCAGGUGGGAGCGACUCGAGGAGGCAGGAGGAACCACCUCAGACAGCUGGGGCUGGCCAAGCUUCUGGAACCCCUGACCCGGGUCAGCCUGCCGCCCAGGGUCUCGCUCACGGUCGGGGUGGCCGGCAUCGGCAAGACCACCUGGCUUCGGCACUUCAUCAAGCAGUGGAGCCAAGGGCUGAUCUGCACGGACGUGAGCUUCGUCCUGCCGUUUACCUUCUGCGAGCUGAACUCGCUGGAGAAGCUGUCAGCUGAGAGGCUGGUCAAACUGGCCUUUCCCCAUCUAACAGAUCCCAGUCUGGUCCUGAGCAGCUCCUGCCGGACUCUUCUCAUUCUGGACGGUUUGGACGAAUUCAGGUGCCCCUUGAAUUUCGCCGACGCAGCGUCCUGCACUGAUCCAAAGAAAGAAGUCUCCAUAGACGACCUGGUCACCAACAUCAUCCGGGGGAAUCUGCUCCCUGACGUCGCAGUGUGGGUCACGUGUCGGCCUGGAGUAGCCUCGCUCAUACCCGGAGGACUGGUGGACAGGGUCACCGAGAUCCCGGGGUUCAGCCCCAACGACGUCCAGACCUUCCUCCGGCACCACUUUUCCGAGAGGGGGUUUUCCAGCAACAUAUGGGCGCACUUGGAGUCGCAUAAGAUUUUAAAGGUGAUGUGCUACAUACCAUGCAUUUGCUGGAUAGUAGCAGACACGCUGACGUACAUCAUGCAAAGUGAACCGCAGGAAGGCCUCCCAAAGACCUGCACGGGGCUCUACGCUCACUUUUGUUCCAUGAAGGCAGAGUUGGGUGAACCCAGAGGUCGAGAGCCUGUAAAAACGGACCAGGUUCAUGGGAGCAACCGUAAACUGCUGGGGAAUCUGGGGCGACUGGCGUUUUAUGGCCUCCUCAAGCACAAGUACACGUUCAGCGAGCAGGACCUCAGGGCCAACGGGAUCGAGCCGCUCUUAACUCAAAGCAGCCUCGGUAGUGGGCUUCUGGUUCGGGAGGACUCCAUCAUAUUCACCACCUACCGGUUCACUCAUCUGACUCUGCAGGAGUUCCUCGCGGCCACGUUCUACCACGCCUCCUCCAAGCGAGCGAUCUUUGACCUGUUCUCAGAAAGCACCAUGUCCUGGCCCAAGAUCGGCUUCCAGAACCACUUCAAAAGCGCCCUCCAGCGCUCGCAGCAGGCCGACGACGGCCACCUGGACGUGUUCGUGCGCUUCGUGACCGGCCUGCUGUGCCCGGCGGCGCUGAAACCCCUCGGGGGCCUCUUGGCCCUCGGAAAGGACGACGGCAACCAGAAGGCGUGGGCAGCGGGCUUUCUGCAGAGCCUCCUGGUGGGCGCCGGCGCCGUGGUGUCGCUGCGCGCCGUCAACCUGGCGUACUGCCUGCAGGAGCUGCAGCACACGGAGCUGCUGCGCGGCGUGGAGGAGGACCUGCGGCUCGGCAGCCUGGCGGGGAAGCUGAGCAGGGCCCACUGCGUCGUGCUGGGGUACCUGCUGCACGUGUCCCCCGAGUGCAGCGAGCGGACCAACCUGACGGGCUCCUUGAACUACGCCACGGUCAAAUGUCUGCUCCCGCAGCUGCUCUACUGCAGCCAUCUCAGGUUGGAGAAUAACCACUUUAAAGACGAUGUCAUGGAACUACUGGGAAGCCUUCUGAGUGCCAAAGACUGCCACAUUCAGAAGAUAAGUUUGGCUGAGAAUCUCAUCAGCAACAAAGGCGCCAAAGCCCUGAGCCGGGCCCUCCUGGUGAACCGCACGCUAACUUCGCUCAAUCUCCGCAACAACAACAUAGGCUCCAAAGGUGCCAGGUUUCUGUCAGAAGCCCUGAAAAUGAACCAAGUCCUGGUUUCGGUUAACUUCCAGAACAACGCCAUUGAGGAGGAAGGGGCUCAGGCCCUGGCGGAAGUCCUGCAGUGCAACCGCAAGCUGGUGUCUCUCAACAUGCGGAAGAACGCGAUCGGAGCGGGAGGAGCCAAGAGGAUUGCGGAGGCGCUGAAGACAAACCGGACCCUCACGAAGCUGAUGUACCCUCCAAAUCCUAUAUCGCUCCACUCCAGAGACCUUCUACUGAUCUGUGCUGUGUUCAUUCGGACAAAUCCCUCUGUCCCGUCUCUUUGUGUCUGCAGACUUUGCAGUAACCAGCUCGGGGACAAAGGAACAAUCGCUCUGGCAGAGGCGUUGACUCUGAACCACACUCUGCUCUCGCUCCAACUGCAGAGCAACUCCAUCAGCAACAAGGGGAUGACGGCUCUAACCAAAGCACUCAGGCUGAACCAUGGCCUUGUCUCCUUGAAUUUGAGGGAGAACUCCAUCGGGGUGGAGGGAGCGAAGAACAUGGCCCACGCCCUUCACGAGAACAACUCUCUGCAGGAACUUGACCUUACAGCCAAUCUGCUGCACGAUGAAGGGGUUCAGGCGAUCGCUGGAGCAAUCAGGGUCAAUCAGGGCCUCACCUCGUUGCACCUCCAGUGGAACUUCAUCAAGUCUUCAGCCACCAAAGCUCUGGCCCACGCGCUGCUCUCUAAUGCUACGAUGCAGCUCCUGGAUCUACAGGAGAACGCCAUUGGGAACGAAGGAGUCAUUUUUCUUGCUGAAGCCCUGAAAACCAACACAUCUCUUCACACAUUAUGUCUUCAGGGGGUGUCGUCGGGCACAAGUGGUGCCAUUGCCAUGGCAGAGGCUCUAAUGUCCAACCAGAGCUUACAAACACUGGACCUGCGUGGGAACGCUGUGGGGAUGGAGGGAGCGAAGGCUCUGGCUAAUGCUCUGAAAAGCAACAGGAGUCUGAAGUCCUUGAAUCUGCAGGAGAACUCUCUGGGAAUGGACGGAGCCAUAUUUAUUGCAACAGCGUUAAAGGGAAACCACCAGCUGACUUACAUCAAUUUACAGGGCAACGGCAUUGGAGAAUCUGGGGCAAAGGUCAUUUCUGAUGCCAUCACAACCAGCGCUCCAGGCUGUGUGGUGGACAUCUGACCAAAGAAUGGCCUUUUCUAAGAGUUCCCAUACAAUUAUAAAAUGUAAAGCAAUGUAAAGAUAAGCUGUGUUUUAUUUUGAUGGUUUUUUGUAUUUAUUUGUAAACAAUAUCUAUAUCAAAUUUUUACUUUUGCUCCCUUUGCACAAUCCAGUCUCUUGUACAGUACAUAAAUAAAUAUUGAGCGUUCACACAG